AUGAAGCACCAGUAAUUGCGUCACAGGAAAGAUCUACUCAAAGAUUAUCAAAUAGCAGUGCUGAUAUACAAAAAAAUACUCUUGGUGUUACACUGGAUCGAGCGAAAAGGUAUGGCAGUAUGAGAGGUCAAGAAUUAAUUGAAAACGUUGCGAAAGUUGCUGGACGAGCGUUCACGCCAUCCUUAUCAGCUUCGGAAAAUCCUGUAAGUGUAACACCAACUCGAAAACUGAUUUCUCAGUGGGAGAAAGAUGGUGCAGACCUGGGGAAGAUUCAGGCAGAGUUGAAUCGUCUUUCGAAAUGUUUGGCACAAGUUUCUGGUGAAGAUGAAAUUAUUUGUUCACAACUCAUGAAAGCAAAAGUUUCAUCAGAAGAAGAAGAACGUUUGUUACAAGAACAUAUGAGAUUAUUGACAGAGAAAGAUGCCAUUGUUAGACGAACGGAAUACUUUAAUGUUCUGGAGCAGUUACGCGAGGUUGAAGAUGAAAUAACAAAGUUGCAGCAUGAAUUGGGUUCUGCUUCUAUUAUUGACCAAGUUGAUAAAACAGAGGACGACAAACAAAGAAUUGAUAAAAUGAUGGAUGAUUUGGUUGCGCUGGUGAAUAAAAAAGAUCGCCUAUCACAGAAAUUGAUAAGCCAUGAAGCUGAAGAUGAAGAGAUAGAUGAAAGGGAUCGAUUAACUCUAGAAGCAGCUGCGAACUUUUCACGAAGCUCCGAACAACCUUUAUCAGCUUCCAAGAGGAUAAUAACCUGGAUUCGAUCCGAAAUUACUAGUUGA